AGACGCAAAAUACGUCUUGACUUCCACGGUAAAACAAGCGUGCAUUGCUAAGAAAUACUUUAUAAUAAGUUGUAUGUAUUGUAUUUCAGCCAUCAUUGUAGUCUCUGCAACCUUUGGGGAAGUUAAAUCGACGUGAUUCAAUCAAACACGAUGUUCAAAAAAUUUGAUGAAAAAGAAAAUGUAUCCAAUUGCAUCCAGCUGAAGACAUCAGUGAUCAAAGGAAUCAAGAAUCAGCUAUUGGAACAGUUUCCGGACAUUGAGUUAUGGCUCAAUCAUAUAAUGCCCAAAAAGGAUCCUGUCAAAAUAGUGAGAUGUCAUGAACACAUUGAAAUUUUGACUGUCAAUGGAGAAUUGCUUUUCUUCAGACAAAGGGAAGGGCCAUUCUAUCCCACUCUCCGACUGUUGCAUAAAUAUCCAUUUAUUCUCCCUCACCAGCAAGUAGACAAAGGUGCAAUCAAAUUUGUCCUAAGUGGAGCUAACAUCAUGUGUCCUGGCCUAACGUCACCUGGUGCUAAACUUUAUCCGGCUGAGGCUGACACAGUAGUUGCUAUAAUGGCUGAAGGUAAACAGCAUGCACUUUGUGUUGGUGUGAUGAAGAUGUCUGCUGAAAACAUAGAAAAAGUCAACAAAGGAAUUGGGAUUGAGAAUGUCCAUUAUUUGAAUGAUGGAUUAUGGCACAUGAAGACGUAUAAAUGAGAAAUUGCACCUACAAUGCAAGAUCAGAAAAAGCAGAGGUUCUGAAAGGGGCACUGUUUACAACUGUGGACUUGGCAGUGCAACCAGAUGUAAAUGUAUUUGUGGACAACCCAAAAAAAAAAAUGCUUCAUUAAUUUUGGAACUCCCCUAUACUGUCUGUACCAAUAAAUAAGGCACCUGCUGCCAUGUACUGGUUAACCUAAAA